AUGCUAUUUAGAUAAAAGGAAAAAGUUCCUGAUCUUGGAAGAGAUAACUUUCGUGAUUUCAUGAGAAGAGAAGGAGAUUCUUGUUUGUAAACUUAGAUGAAACUCUCGACAUUUGUUCAUAAAACUGUUCCUAAUGAAUUAACAUAAUCUUAAUUAAGGUAAAUUAAAUGAUCAAUCUUUAGUCCAUUACCAUAAGCUUUAGAUGGUUCAUUAAAAAUGAUUGGGAAUACAUGGGAUGCAAAACAUUUAGGAACUUUUCUUUAAAAAAGUUAAUUUGCUUCUGUUGGUGGAAACACUCUAAAGAACACUGAACCAUUUUAAAAUAGUAUGAAAAACUAAAGCUUCUUCUUUAGAAGUUAAUAACCUCGAAUGAUUGAUGACCAUGUUGAUUAUCUACAUUAACAAUCUAUCAACCAUAUAAUUAGUGAUCAUCCUAUGAUGAAAAGUGGAACCAAAUAUUUACAGAAGAAACUCUUAUCUGUUCCAGAUAAACCAUUUGAUGAAUCUAAACUUAAUUAUGUUACAUAAGUAGGAUUAAAAAAACCUAAAGAAUAAUUUUAAGAGAUGUUAAUUAGCAAAGAUAAUCAAUAGAAAUUUCAUUAAUGGAGAUCAGAAUUUUAAGAUGUAAAUAGAGCAUAUAAAAAAGCUAAACAAUGCUUUAAAAGUGGAUUGUAUGCAUUAGAUAGUCCAUUGAAUGAUAAUACAGAAUUAUAUAAAGAAGAAAAUGCAAAAUUAAGAGAAUAAGAAUAAUAAAGUGUAAGAAGUUCAUUAUAGAGAUAUAAAUGUAUUAAUAAAAUCUAUAUAAAUAGCACUUGAAAGAUUUAAUGCUAGUAAUCCUUCUAUUGAAUUUAAUAAUGUAGCUCAUUAACCAUUUAAUUCUAAAUAAUCAGAUCCCUUAUUAGUAAAAAGUAAUUUCCCUUCACAAAAUUUUGAAUUCCAUGAUUAAUGGAUGAAAAGAAAAGUGAUUGAAUAAUAAAUAGAUACUAAAAAUAGAAUAUUUGGAGAAACCUCUCAAAAUAAGGCUAACCCUUAGAGAAGUGUGUUUUUAAGAGAAUAAGAAGUUAGAGGUAGAAAUUACAAUCCUGUCAAUCUAACAAGAAGUGUAAUUGGUUGAAUAUUAUUACAAUUAAUAAAAAUGCCUUUAAAUAAUUUAUAAUAGAUUAUUUUAUUUAUUUCUCUCUUUCUUAUUAGUAUAUGUUAAUUAAGAAAUCUUUUGGUCUUCUUUGUAGAAAUUAAAUCAAAAUAUUCUUACUAAUAAAGAAGUAAAGUAUAAAUUAAAUUUAUGUAGGAUUAUAUUAAAAUAAUAGAUGCUUAAGUAAUGGAGGAGUCUCUUAUAAACUAUACUCAAUAUUAGAUUAAAGGAGUGCGUAAAGGAGAAGAGUUUUUAAUCAAUAAAAGAUAUAAUGAUUUCGUUAUUUUAAAGGAGGUAUUUAAUAGGACUUGGCCAGGAUGUUUUAUUCCACCAAUUCCACAAAAAAAAUCUCUGGUAUUUUUCAUACAUAAAAUAUUUUUAGGGCAAUUUAGACUCCAAUGUAAUUACAUAUCGAUCUAAAUACUUAUCAUAUUUUCUGAAAAAGAUAUUAAAAAUUCCUUAUCUUUGGUUAGGAGAAGAAAUGAGUAUUUUUAUUAAAGGGACCAUUGAAUAAUUGUAAGAAAUGGCAAAAAAUAAAACUCUACAAUAAAUUAUAAGCAAAUAUGAAGAGACUUUUACUUUUAACGAUAAUUAACAAGUUUAUGAUAUUGAUUAAUUUUAUUCCUCAACUUGCCAUAUAAUACCUAUGAUUGAAAAUUUUUCAACAAUGGCCAAGAAUCUUAUGAAAGAGAAAGAAACUUAAAAUUUAGGAUUUGUAAUGUUUGUAGAACACUUUUUACCUUAAUUCGAAAAAUUACAAUAAUAAAAUCAUACAGGUAUUUUUAAUAAUAUUCUUUAAGUAUUUUCUAAUUAAGAUACUUAAGAAUAAUUUUAAUUAUCAAAGAAAUGUUGCACUAAAAAUGAAUAUAAUAAAGUUUAUGAAUAUACAAAGAUAGUAGAAAGAGAAUUAAUAGCUUGUAAAGAUGCAUUGAUUUAAAGAAAUACAAUUGUUUAAAAAGUUAAAGAUGAAGAUGAGAAAUUAUAUAAAUUGAAUAUUCAAUUAUAAGAAUUACAUUCAAAAACUUUACUUUUUGGUAAGAAAGAAGAAAAAGUGGCAGCUAUUUAAAAUUAAAUUUAAUAGUAAUAAUUAAGUGUUGAAUAAUUGAAAUCACUUCUAUUUUUAAUAAAUAAAUUAAUUUCUUAAUAAGAAAUACCUAAUUUCUAUAGAAAUACAAAAGAAAAAUAUAGUAGAUUAAUUAAAGUGUUUUCAGAUUUUUAAAUCAAAUAUCACUAAGCUUAAGCUGAAUUUUGGGAAAAAAUAUAAUUAAAGAUUUGA